AUGAGUGGGCAGAUCCUUUGCGUACAGCAGUUCGAGCACUACUUACUGCCUCAAACCAUCGUUUUUAGUUCUAAGGAACCAAUAAUGCUGACCAAAGAUCGAAAAACGUCAGAAUUUACUCUUCGACAAUUUCUGUAUAGACAAAGAGUGACGCUUCAUGGUAUAGAAGAAAGAGCGUUUAGACUGCUUCCAAAGAUAUUGUACUGUCUGUGUGAACGUCUUCUUAAGCUUUGUGGAUGUCACCAAAGCGCAGGAUUAGACUUAAGAAUAAAAAACAGGCCGUUUUACAAAUCCUUCCUGGCUUACAAUUUAAAACAAGGCCGUCCUCCUCCUAAUCCUCGGACUCCUGAAGAAAUCGUUAUUACGCAAGCUUCGACUCUACCAAUGGUAGAGUGGAGAGAUCCAAUCGAAGAAGAUAUAGAAAGAAAUCUAGAAUCAGUGAGCAGAAUCACGGGCAGCAGUAAUGGCGGAAGUAUAUCUGCUCUGCAUGUACAUGAGGCUUUUAUAAUUGAUCACCAAAGUCUUCCAGAUGAAAAACUAAAAUACCUAAAGCAAGUACGCACGGAUAUAAAUCAGAGAAGAGAGGCUAUUGCUAAAAUAGAUGAAGAGGAAGAUCCAAUAAUACUAACUGGAUUAUUGUUUGAAUGGUUGGAAGGCUUGAAGCAACCUGUGCUAGACCGAGAAGAUCUUUCUACUAUCGUUGGGAGAAGUAAACAUGUCGAUUCAUGUAUAACUUCUUUAGAUAUGGAAGAUAUAAUGCUAAUAGAAUAUCUGUUACGUUUUGCUGUACGAUUAAGACCACUUGCCGCACAUAAAAAAAUUGACAUUAUAAAACGAUUGAUUGCUUCAUUAACACAUCAAUCCGUUUCAAUCAAUGGAAAAAUACUUCCGAACAGAGAUUUUCCCAAAUUAAGAGAUGGAACUUGUUGUGAAAUGAUCAAUUUUAUGCUGAGGAUGGUGGUAGAAAUACAGAACGACAUAAUGAAGCCAGGGCAAGACGAUUCCGAUGUAAUUGUCCCGCCAAGAAGAAUAAAAUCGAAAGCAUGGAAA